CUUUUUUUCAAGGGGAGGAAUUGCGUGUCUUUAGAACUGACCAUACAGUCUUUCACCGUUGAAUCGGCUAGUGCACCUUACUACAUAGGGCUGGACUCGGCUAUCCGACGUCCCUUCUUGGGCAAGCGUAGUGCACGAAGCACUUGUUCAUAGGUCUUUUAGGACCGUUGUAUCUGCGUGCAGGAGUCGGAAGGAUUCAGUGUAGCGAGAGACAUAUUUCUGACUAAUAAUAGGUAGCCCAAAUGACAAAUAUUACAUCAAACUAGACUUGGUUCAGACUCGAGGAAGAAUUGUUGGAACUUAACAAACCGAAGAAGAAGCGAAUUCGGGUUCGAUUUCGGACCGACGAGAUUGGUCGAGUGCUUCUUUUUUCUAUCAACUUCAGCCUCCCGCAUACGUGCCAGUAUGUUCGAGAAACAGCGUUACGACAGCCCUCCGGUGUACAGCCCUCCCUACACCGCCCCCUCCAAUGGCUACGGCCCGCCAGUCAGCUUCACCUCCCCCAAGAGUGAGUUCGACCCCUACCCGCCCCCCCCAGGGUCCUACUACAUGGAAGAGAAGCCUCAGCACUUCUACAAGUGGAUCUCCCCGCCCGGCAUCGUCAAGGCCAUGAUGGGCGUGGUGGUGGUGCUCUGUGUGGCUAUAUUCGCCUGUGUGGCCUCCACUCUGAUGUGGGACAUGCAGGGGUACCAGAUGGGCAUGGGGUCAUACGGGUCAGGGUUGGGAGGGUAUGGGGGCUAUGGCAGUAACUACGGCAGCAGCUAUGGAUCAGGGUACGGAGGCGGGUACGGAGGCGGGUACGGGGGCUACGGCAGUCAAUACAGCUCCUACCCGACGCCCUACUCGGCUAAAACCAGCAUGAUCGCCAUGGCGGCCAUCAACUUCGUGGGGGCGCUGGGCUUCUUCAUCGCUAGUUUCUCCAAGACGCCCGUGUUCCGCUGCAGGAAGUUCUACCUGGUGAUCCUGGUGGCCAGCUGCAUCAUGGCCUUCCUCGAAGGCAUCAUCAGCAUCGUGUACAUCGUCGGGGUGAACCCUAUGGCCCAGAGCUCCUCCAGCAUGAUGUACAACCCCAUGUUGAUGAUGUGUCAGAACCUGUAUGGGGCAGGCUACUCUAACAUGGGAGGGGUCGGAGGCUUCCCCUUGUACAACCAGUACCUGUAUCACUACUGCUUUGUGGACCCACAAGAGGGCGUGGCCAUGGUGUGUGGAUUCCUGGUGGUGAUCGCCUUGGUGGUCGCUGCUUUCUUCGCACAAAAAACACGCAGCAAGAUCUGGCGCUACGGGAAGCCCAACAUCUACUGGGAUGAGCCCCUGACUGGAGGGCUGGCUCCUGAGGGCCGCGACGUGGAGGACUGGGUGAACCAGGUGGAGGAUAACAACAGUACCCAUGAUGCCCCUACAGUCGUGUUGUCAGAGAAGGGUGGCGGGGCACUAAACACCUCAGCCAAUAGCAUCAUCUCCUACCCUGCCAAGCCAGAAAGCAGCGUUCUAAUUGGGGAAACGUACAACGACAAUGUGUACUCGGAUCGGUCCAGCCGGCCAUCGGACCAGCCGUCCCGCGGUGGAGGGGUGAGCUCCAGCCCCUCAGAGGAGGCAGCCGGGGUCCGCAAGCCCUCCGCCAACCGGGGGAAGAGACGCCGUCGUAACCCGGAGCUGGACGAGUCGCAGUACGAGACGGAGUACACCACGGGAGGAGAAACGGGCAACGAGCUGGACGCAGGGCAUCUGGAGAGCAACUACCCCGAGAUCACCUCAGACGGUCAGCGUCAUGACUACAAGAGGGAGUUCGACGCUGACCUAAGGGAGUACAAGCAGCUGUGUGCAGAGAUGGACGACAUCAACGACCAGAUGAACAAACUGAGCAGACAGCUGGACUCGCUGGACGAAGGCUCCUCCAAAUACCAGGGCGUGGCCGAGGAGUACAACCAUCUGAAGGACGUGAAGCGGACGUCCGAAUACCGGUCUAAGAAGGUGGAGUGUCGCCAGCUGAGACACAAACUCUUCCACAUCAAGCGCAUGGUGAAGGACUACGAUAAGGGCCAGUAGCGAGGGCCCUGGCGUGGCCCCGCUCGACACACCAGGUUCUGAACGCCUCAGUUCUCAUGACAAUUCAACACUCCUGAACACGACCUGCAUGCUGAGACGACGGGAAGAACGAAAGACCCACGUCAACAUUGAGACCAAAGCUGCCCGCAAGCUGCAGAAAAAUACACUCUCACACACACACACACACACACAUGUACACACACACUCUCACACGCACAUGUACACACACACAUGUACACACGCACACGUACUCAUAUAUGCAUUCACACGCGCAUGUACGUACAGAUACACAUACACACGCUUGCACGCGCAAACAUGCACACACACACACGAUACAGAGCAACGGAAAUGCUUUUUUUCUUGUGUGUAGUUUUUCCCCUUUGCAUUUUGUAUAUAGAACCACUGUAUAUCCCAUUCCAUAAUGACUACACUGACCAUGAAUGCUUUAGCUCCUCCAGGAAAUGCUUGGACUCUGUCUUGCGUGAAGCACUGUUGAACCAGCGAUAAACCAACAGGUUGCCAGGUGAGACUGACUCCCACCCUGGACUGUUUUAGCCGGGGGGGUCUGGAGGGGGUUGGGAAAGAGGUUUUCCAAAGUCAUUCGACCUUCGCUUUGCUAGAACUUGUGGAAGAAAGCUUGGUUGGAUGCUGUUUGCUGUAGAUUGGUGCGUUGACUUUGUUCUGUCUACUGAGAUAAGGGUGGCAGUGUCGUAAACCUGAGAGAAGUUAAGUGUGAUUACUGUGUUGGAGCUCUCGCCGGGUAUCGCCCAUGGCAACGCCCACAAACAAAACCCAACCGCAACACGUCUGAAUCACUUCUGCGAAGGAUUGCUACUGAAAUUGUAAAACAUGCGUAAUUUGACGUGUAUCCCAAUUACAUUUGGAACGAAAAAUAACUUGUGCUCUUAAAAGUUUGGAUUUUGUACCAAUGCAGUCUACUGUUUGUGAAGUGUGUUCCAGUUAUUUCUGUAAACCCAUCGACUGGUUUCCAUGGGUGAGAUAAACCAAAACGAGUGAACGGAAGAACGAACCGAUGCUUUGUGUAUAUACUUUUGUAUUGUCAUCUGAGUGUUUGCAGACCAGAUUAUUCUAACAUAACCAGGCUGAUGCAGGCUUAUGGUUACUGGCCAAAAGGGUGUACAUUGUGAUUACUGACAAUGAGUAUACAUGAUUAAAAUGUAACAUCCAAUGCAUCUCUCCGAAUUCACCAAAACAGCAGUUUAAUUUCUCUUUUUUUUAUUUUGUAUUGAACAUUGGCAGUCAUAUCACUGGUGUGCGUUGUUUUUGCGGUCAUUCACAAUGCACUGCUGCUAUGAUCAAUUUCACUUGACAGUGCAGUUCUAAGAAACAAUGUCUUACGUCUUUUUUAAAUUGUAUUUCUACAAUUUGGGAAACACUUCAAUAUGCAUUUAUAUUUUGUAAUUUUGUUAAAUGAUUCACUAGGGUUGAUUUUGUGUUGAUUAUAUUAGAUUAUAUAACAUUGUAAUAGUUAUGUUAAUACACUUCCUAUGCAAUGUAAUGCUUUGCGUCAGAAAAUAUCACAUUUGUUUUGAUUAUUUUAAUUUUUAUGAAGAAGAAAUCUUCUUUUUGCAAACUUUCUCCUGCCCGAGUCAUUUAUUUUUGUAUUCAUUUACCUUUUCCUUUCAUUUUUAUUGUUUUAUAACUGAACAUAUU